UUCUUCUUUAUUUUGCAGAUUUAUUAUGGGUGGCAGUGCCAGUCACAUUUUUGUAGCUAGUGUCCAGGGUGUUUUAUGUCAGAGAGCUUAUGUCAAUUAUGCUUACAUUGUGUUUCACGUUGGCUAUUUAUUCUACUCCAAUCCACAACGUCCCCACGAAUGCAUUUGUUUUUUUAUUGUCCUGUCACCUGAACUUCGGAUCACUUCUGCUAGGAGCGUCUGGGUCGGUCAGGGCCAGAGUGUAUAGCUUGCUGGCAUCACAUCCUUCCCAUGCAAUUGAAGUCGGUCGGUUCUGCACCUUUACGUCAACCAGGAGCCAAACAAAACAACGAUAUUGAUGCGUUAUGAUGUGGGAAAAUCGAGGAAGCUUCUGCAGCUUCUCUAAUCACUAAUGGCAUGGGCCACUGACAGCAUAGCAUACCCCAGCUUCUCAUUCUGACUUAAUGCACGUUGUUUACACAGAAGCAUAGGUUCAAUUCCACAUGGAUUUUUGAGCCCAGGCAGCAUGCUAGCUUCGCAAGCUAAUGACAACAAACCUGGGUUGGCGUAAGCACUUUUCCCAACUCAUCUAUUUCAAUCGAGCCGUAUUUAACCACCAGGAUCUGUCCAGGCGUGUCCUCCACUUCGGUCAAUGCCAGGGGCCCGGUCCACUCACUUAGAUCGACAGGCAUUUUUAACCAAGUUCAGUUCCUAAAUUGAGCACACUUCUGUUCUGUCAGUCAGAACCAGUAGUGCCUAUGUCAUCCACAAGAGGGCGCCGUGCAGGCGUGCAGUCAGCAAAGUGCAUAUAAAUCAAUCAUCGUCACGUUGAUUUAUAUGUGCGGUUUGUUUUUACAACCUUGAGGCGAUAUAUUCUACCUUCGCAAAAUGAGAAAAGUAAUGAAUCUAGUAAAUUACAUGAAUGAUUGCAGUUCACUCUGGCCAACUUGACAAUUGACAGCAAAGAGAAAAGUAGGCAGGGCAGAGAGGGAGCCCUACUGUACCUUUAAACAGGUGAAACCAGGGUGUGGUUUGGUAUCACAAAGUUUCCGGAAUAACGUGCUUCGGUAAAUAACUAAUGGAGAACUGUAGACAGCACCACCGACAUGUAAAAUGUGCGAAUGUGUGUAUGUAGUAUAGCCUGGUGUGGCGGUUUUAUUUGAUAAUGGGCAUACGACGAAUGCAACUUGUGUAUUGAGUAUAGAGCGCUAGUAGACCUGUCCGACAGGCUGGAAGAGCGACUCUUUGUUUAAUACUCUCGAUAUGUAGGGAAGCGAUCAUGAGGGUUGUUAUCGCUGCGGUUUUCCUUCAACUUAUUUUGUAUGUUUCGGGUGAACACACCAACGGUGAGUCUCUUGCAAUUGUUGGACGGUGCCUUAUCCUGCACAAUGGAAGUAUCGCUGUCAACGGACUUAUUCCGGUUAAUGGUAGCUACCUGUGCAAGGCCACGUCUCAAGACAACCCAACUCAGGCAAGUGUUGAACUGCAUGUUAUUGUGCUGAGAAGACAGCCGCUCCGUCCAACGCCCUUCAGUGAGGAGGGCUCCCUGGCUGGGGUGUGUGUCAUCUUGGAGAACGGAAGUAUUUCUCUGCAUGGGGUUUUCCUGGAUGGUGUGGGGAGCUACAGCUGCCUCACCACCUCCCCAAACAACAUGAUCCAAACUGUUUCUUUACAGGUUCUUGGUGCCGAGGAAAGGUUGUCCGUGUCCAUUGUUCCCACGUUCCCUCUCCCCAACGGCACGCUGGUGGCGUACCGCGGCCUCAACGUGUCCUUCAACUGCUCCAGCUCAUCCGCCCCGCCCUCUCGGACUCUGUCCUGGGGCCACUGGGGGGCCGGCCCCAGCAAUGCAACGCUGGCGUCAGGCCGUGGGGCUUGGCUGGGCCUCCGCAUCCCGGACAUCCAGCCAGGUGACCAGGGGGAGUACUGGUGUGAAUCCCGGAGCAACCUGACCUCCCGCAGAACCAACUGCAGCACCAAGCUCCUCGUCUACUACGCCCCGGCGCAGCACCCUGACUGUAUGUGGGAGCUGGGCCCGGACCCCUCUGAGGUCCAGUUCAACUGCACCUGGCCUGGGGCGUACCCCACGCCCAUGCUACGCUGGGUGGAGAUCCACGACGGGCCGGACACCCAGGCCAAAGACCACCUCUACGUCUCCGACCAGGCCGACAGCCUGGUGGUCAGCCUGAACAGGACCGGGCUGUUCAACGGCCAGACACUAAAGUGCAUCGCAGAGCACCCCACACUACAGCAGGAAGAACACAAGUCCUGUCUCCUGAAUCUCAAGCUUCCGUACCCUGAGGGGAACCCACUGGUCACGGCCCUGGAGAAGACUAACGUGACUCUGAUCUGCACGGAGGACAUCUCCGUCCCACCCGCCGACACCACCUGGAGGAGGGGGGUGGAGCAGGUGGAGAUCAAGCCCGGCUCCAAGUACUCGGUGGUCGGGUCAGGCCCAGAACUCCGCCUGACCAUCUACAACUUGAGCAAGGAGGAUGAGGGCAUCUACUUCUGCCGAAGCGAGAACCCCCUGGCCGUCCGCGAGCUGGAGGUCUACCUGACCGUGAAGGCCUCAUCCACCUACACCGGGGCCAUUAUCGGCCUCUUCAUCGCACUGCUCGUCGUCGGCACCGGUGUCAUCACGGCUAAACUGGUGUACUGCAGUUCCGACCGGAUCUGUCUUGGAAAUGGCUUUGGGAGGAUGGAGGAAGACAGGGGAGACGUCAUAAGUCUGGUGGACUCUGAGGAAGAGGUCUUCGAGCAGACAGUUCCUCGACUCCCCCCUGUGACAAACGGGCAUCACACCACCCACGCUGAGAUACACCCCGUUCCUGUUGGUGACGGCGAGGAUAUAGACUCCACUGAGAUGAGUGCCCAGCAGAGGGAAAACAUUGUAGAAAUUGAAGAUCCUCUACAGUUAAUAAAGUUCUAAGACUGGCCGUUUUUUUAUAUCGCAUUUUUUUUUGGAUACAUUAACUCUUUAUGUGACUGUGAACAGAGAAACUGUACAAAAAGUAUUUUUAUUUUUUUUUACCUUUUCUUGUGAUUUGUGUGAGUGUAUUAAUUAUUGGUACGGUGGGUUGGUUAAUGUCUUCAAAUUGUAUUAUUAUUUUUUCAGGUUAAAAUUUGAUCUUUUUUAUUUUUCUGACAUCACUCUGACUCUCUAGUAAAUAAUACUAUCAAGUGAUAUAAUAUGAAUGGUGGGUACUUCCCACUAGGUUAGCUACAUUGUACUGUUGCGCCGUCUUUGUGUCUCUGACUGUCCGUCAAGUUGUAUCAUAUUCAAGACUUCCAAUGUUCUUUUAAUUCAAUAGUUCUUCUGCUGGAGUCCUGUUUAUUCACAUUAUAUGUCCUACUGUCAGAACCUAGACACUUGCGGAGCUCUGUGCUCUACAGCGCACCUUUCCUAGAGCUAUGUGUAGGCUAAUUAUGUCAGACGUCAAAAUCGAUCAUUAAUUUAGCCAUUCAAAUUCAUCAAACAAUAAAAUACAUCCUGAUCGUUUCCGACUUGGUCUA